AUGACUCCAGCGAAAUUCUUCCGAUCCCAUUUCAUGGACUGGAGGAAGACAAGAUGGAGGGAAUUUUGGCGACAGAACCGUAGUCUUCUUCUCAUGGCCCUAGCCCAAUUGAUCUCCUCUUUAACCGCUGUAGCGGCCAAGCUGCUACAAACAGCCGCUCAUACGAAUGAUGCCCUGAAUACAGGACAGGUUCUUGUCACGAUGAUGAGCUUCGUCAUACUUCUGAGCUGGCUCUGGAUACUGGUCGCUCGUAUCCCCGGUGUGCCACUGUGCAGAAAGAAUCUGUGGAUGCUGAUGACGAUUCGAAGUGUCACUGGCGUUGUUGGGAUCUGGGGCUUCUACUAUUCCCUACGUGCACUACCUCUUUCCGAGGCGACGGUGAUUAACUUUCUGUCGCCAAUGGUAGCCGCAUACGCUUCUAGUCUUCUGGGCAAAACACCGCCAUUUACUCGGACGCAGCAACUCGCCAUCGCUGUCUCCUUUCUGGGAGUGACUCUCGUCUCCCAGCCAUGGCUGAACAUCCAUGCUGCUGCCCCCAGCACCACUCAAAAAGCAUCCCAUAGUAAUUUUUUCUGCAUGGGUGGAAUGUGGGGUCUCUUACCGACGACGGUGAUUUCCAAGACGGUGGAACGUAUUACCGCCAUCGGGGCUGGCCUGGUGGGUGUCGUCGGCGGAGCCGCAGCCUACGUGGUGAUGCCGCUGAUCGGUCAUGAUGCGGAUCCAGCAGUGACAGUGAACCAUUUUGCGACGUGGACUGUUGUGCUGACCACAUUAAGCUUGCCCAUCACCGGGGUUGACGCGUGGAGAAUGCCUUAUCCAGUGGAGUGGGCGCAACUGGUGUUUCUGGGGGUGUCUGGGUUUUCUGUCCACAUCUUGCUUGCCAUGAGUAUGCAGCAAGGAGGGAGCCCCCGGACUUUGAGUAUGGUAUACAUCCAGAUCGUUUUUCUGUUGAUCAUGGACGCGGUGGUGUGGGGUGAGAGUCCGAGCUGGGUGAGUGUGGGCGGGGGGAUCUUGAUUCUAGGAAGUGUGGUGACUACGGUGAUGCUCAAAGGGAGUCAAGCAGAUGGGGAAGAUGGGAUAGCAUGGAAGCAAGGCAUUUCAGGCGAAGAAAAUGAGAUCGAGGAGAUGGAGAUGAUGGUGGAAAAAGACCGUCAUGAGUCAUCAAACGCUUAG